AUGCUGGACUGGAAGUCGGCUGAAUGGGCCUGCACCAACUACGUCGACAAAGAUGCCACGCUGGUCAUGGUGGACCAAGUGCUCGAAACCGAAUACAACUGGAUCGAUCUGCAUUACGUGUCGUCGCAGUGGGUACGCGCCGACGGAUCGAAGCCGACCGCCACUCACUGGGAGGCCAACCAGCCGGAUCUGCGCUUCGGCAAGUGCGCCGGCUUCAACCGCUUCACCGGUCUCUGGUGGGCCGCGCCUUGCGACCAGAAGCUGGGCGUCGUGUGCCAGCAGUCGGGCUCGACGCCAACGACGCCGGCGCCCGGCUCGUCGCGCAGCCAGUGCCAGGCGCUGGCGGACGGCGCCGACCUGGUGUCCGUGCACAGCGACGCCGAGAAGAAGGCCGUCGAGGCGAUGGUGGCAGGCGCCGGCGGCGCCGCCGUCUGGACCGGGCUGGAGUACGUCUCGCAGGGUCUGGCCUGGACCGACGGGUCGGAGACGGCCUACAUUAAACCGCUCGUGACGGGGCACGUCGUGCCCGGCGCGGACUGUGUUCAGCUCACCGCAGACGGCCACUGGCGCUGGCAGGGGUGUGACAAGUCGUUCGGCUUCGUCUGCCUGCUGACGUCCACCUAG